AAUUAAGUUAUGGCACUACAUGAAGAUAGAUCGAUCGGUGGUUCGAAUGUUGGGACGAGCCUGUAUGAUACGGAAGCACACGAUAUUGGUUCGAUUGCUUCCAAGUCGCAAAGAUACAGUACUCAUCAUGUUUUAAGACAACGUUGGUCGUCAACUUAUUCUUACGUAUCCUCAAUGCUGGUUUCGAUGUGCACGAUUUAUUAUUUCGAUGUUGCUUUAGAACAUCGCAAUUUCAGGCACAUGGACUUUUUAAUGAUGAUAGUAUCGUUCAUCUUGAUAGCUUUACCACUAUUUUACAUGCAAGUUCUUUUGGGGCAAUACACUCAAUCGGGGGUGAUUUGCCUACGUCACAUGAGCCCUUUAGGACACGGUAUCGCAUUCGGGUUUUUACUCGUCACAUUCGCCCACAGUAUUAAAUUGGGAAUUUACGCAGCCGAUUUUUUAACGUAUUUAACACAAUCGUUUAGGUAUGAAAUUGAAUGGCUUGGGUGUUCGGAGAAAUAUCGAAGUGUUUGUUGGAACGGUUAUGAACCUUGUGAAGUUAAUAAUUGUUUAAAUGAAACUAUUAAACCAUCAACGUAUUAUUAUUAUAGGGAUGUUUACUGUAAUAGAAGAGGUUUGAAUCAAAAUACUACGGUGCAAAUGCCCAAUUUGCAUCGGUCGAUGCUUAUUUUGCUUUUUUGGUUAUUGGUGUGUUUGAUUAUUAAUAUUUAUACAAUCAAAUUUCGAAAGAUUAUUACUAAAUUAUGGACGAUCACUUUUGUACUUUUAAUUAUGAACACCAUUAAUAUGUGGGUUAGGGAUUAUAACAUUGAAAUAAUUGUCGAUAUCUUAGUUGUAAAUACAACAGCUUUAUUAAACACAAAAGCUUGGUUAAAGGUGAUCGCCGAUCCAAUUAAUUUAAUGGGUUUAGCGAAAGGUAUUCACAUUUUGCACGGUUCUUUCAUCGACAUCGGCGAAACUCGCGAGGGUUCCACCGUUUUAGUGACAAUUCUCGAUAUACUCGUGAUGACUAUGACCAUGUCUUUCGGGCGGGCUUCCUUAUACAAACUAAGAUCAACAGCUAACAUGACACGCGACGUUUUUCGCGUUUAUUGGGUUCGCGGAGUCGAAAUGUAUUUCGUCUCAAUUCCAAUGGCAUUAAGUUUAUGUCGAAUCCCUCAAAUGUGGAAUAUCCUGUAUUUCUUAACGUGCUUAUUGUUAACGUUAGGAAAUCAAUUGAUGCAUUUAGUUACAUUGGAACGAUCGUUUUGCGAUGCUUAUCCAACUAUUUUAAAGUACUCGAAAUACGUUUCAAGUAUUAUUUGUAUUAUUAUUGUAGCGAUAAGUACUUGUAUUUCUAGUAAGUAUUUUCCAGAAGCUUUCACUGUAGAAGCCUUCAGUUUCUGUUUUUUAUCAACAAUGGAAAGUUUAGUCGUCUUUUUAUUCGCCGUUUUUGUAUGUUGGCUUUAUGGGGUGCAAAAAUUUUGCGAUGAUAUCCAUUACAUGCGAGGUAGCCAACCAGCCAUGUUUUGGAAAGUAACCUGGAAUUGUUUACCAGUCUUGUUAGGGGUAUCAUUAGUUACAAAAUUUCUUCACUACAACAUAGGUAUUUUACAUUUCGACCGACAUGAAAUUAUUUGUUUAACCAUUUUUUUAAUUCCAAUCCCAGCUGUAACGGUUUAUGAGAUUUUUCGCUCUAUUCGAAAAAAAAAUGUAACCGGAUUAUUUCAUUCAGAAGAAGAAUACGGACCGCCAGAUCCGAAAGAGCGACGAUUACGAAAAUUGUUUAAUCCUAGACAAGAAACGAAAUUAAAAAGGAAAAGUGAAAAAUGCAACCAUCGAUGUUUGCUUCAUAGCAAAGUGUUAAAACGAGCUGUAGGGGAAGAAGAGAACUAUAAGAAAUCAGGAAAUUUAUCGAUUUAUUCUGAAAACGAGGAUAAUUUAAUGAAAAAUAAAUAAAAUGAUAUUUUUUAAAA